CAGCCAGCUAUAAGCCGCGAUGUCCGCGGCCCGCUGUAUUGGUGACGUACUCCUAAUAACAUAAAUCAAGUUCACGGAAUAUUCGAUACACGGCAGGGCACGGCAGUAGGGCCCUCCAAAGUCCAAAAGCUAAGCGCAAUCUCAACGCGUCCUCUUCAGUUCGUUUUUGCUCCGCCCAUCUCCGCCAAUCACGCCGCUCAACACCCCCCACCCCCCGCGCUCUCUCUCCCCAGGCUGCUCGGCUCUCUGUUUCACAGUCAUAGCUCUUCCUCUCAACUCCAAAACACACACCAUGUCUCCCCUCGUCUUCCUCCUGCUCCUCCUCUUCCCCGCCAUUUCUUUCUCCUCCUCCCUCUUCAACACCGCCUACCACAUUGACUGCGGAGGACCGACGAAUUCCAGCGACAGGUUCCAUACUCAGUGGAUCGCCGACCGCUUCUUCACCGGCGGCUCCGCCGGCCUAGUCUCGGAGCCCCUUCGGUUUCACAAUCAACAGGAGAAGACGCUGCGGUUCUUCCCUAUCUCCGUCGGUAAGAAGAACUGCUACGUCGUACCGGUCCCCGCCGGCCGCUACUACAUCCGAACAUUCACCGUCUACGACAACUACGACGGCAAGUCGCACACUCCGAGUUUCGACGUGUCCGUUGAAGGAACUCUGGUUUUUAGCUGGCGCUCGCCGUGGCAAGAGGAGAUCGCCCGGAACGGCGCCUACUCCGACCUCUUCGCCUUCGUCUCCGACGGCGAGGCGGAUGUCUGCUUCUACAGCAUUGCUACUGAUUCGCCGGUUAUCGCCUCUCUCGUGCUCAUCCAGAUCGAUCCGGCGUCUUAUGCUUCCUCCUCAAGCGGCAAUCGCUCGAUUCUGGUGAAUUAUGGACGGUUCAGUAGUGGCUCCGAACAGUGGGGGCCAGGGUUCACCAACGACACCGACCUUUUCGGCCGAUCCUGGCAGUCCGGUGCUGAAUUUCGGUCUCCGCGAUCGGCAGUGAAGGCUGUGUCGGCCAUAAGGAAUGUGCUUAAUACCGAUCAAAGUCCCAACUAUUUUCCGAUGAAAUUGUACCAAACGGCGGUGGUGACGAUUGGAAGUGGCACGUUAGAGUACGAAUUGCCGGUUGAUGCGAAAAUGGACUACUUGUUAUGGUUUCAUUUUGCCGAGAUUGAUGUCAGUGUAACGAAGCCAGGGCAGAGAGUGUUCGAUGUGGUGAUAAACGACAAAAAUGCUACUAGGAUUGAUAUCUUCAAGGAAGUUGGGAGCUUCGUGGCGCAUAGCUGGUAUUACACAGUGAAGAAUUUGAGCAGUACUAUUAUUACUGUGAAACUGGUCCCUGUUGUUGGUGCACCAAUAAUUUGUGGGCUCGAGAACUAUGCAAUUGUUCCGGCUGAUCUCUCCACUGUUCCUGAUCAAGUGGUUGCCAUGCGAGCUUUGAAAGAGUCACUUCGUGUUCCAGAUAGAAUGGGUUGGAAUGGAGACCCUUGUGCUCCUACCAAUUGGAAUGCUUGGGAAGGUGUUACUUGCAGCCCCAAAAAGAAUGGAUCUGGCCUUGUGGUCUCUCAAAUAGAUCUUGGAAGUCAAGGCUUGAAAGGGCAGAUUAGUGACCAGAUUGGUCUUUUAUCAAAUUUGGUAAGCUUGAACUUAAGUUCUAACUCUUUGGGAGGUGGUCUACCCUCAGGCUUGGGCCAAAAGUCUCUUAUAAAGCUGGACUUGUCAAACAAUAUGUUCACGGGCUCCAUACCAGAUAGUCUCACCUCAUCAAAUUUGCAGCUUGCGCUACUGAAUGACAACUUACUGGAAGGACGAGUACCAGAAGAACUUUAUUCAAUUGGCGUCCAUGGUGGAUCCAUUGAUCUCUCUGGUAACAAAGGCUUGUGUGGUGUCCCCUCACUGCCAGAAUGUCCUUUAUUCUGGGGAAGUGAUGGCUUAUCUACUGGCGGGAAAGUUGCGAUAGGCAUCUCAUCUGGGGUUGUGUUUUGCAUCCUUUUGUUAGUGAUAUACAUAUGUUGCAUCCGGAGGGGACAUAAUGAUUAUGACUUUGGUCUACCUCAAGAAUUGAUGGCACUUGCUGCAAAGAGAAACAGAUAUCACAGGCAGAAAUCCUUAAUGGAUCUUGAAAUGGAGAGCCAACAUGCCAAAGGCUUCAUUCCGAAUUACAGCCAAAGCUAGAAGAGGUCUUUUCUUGAAAGGGAGAGGACGCAGAUUUUGAUCAAAACUUCCACAAGCACAAGCCAAGAGGAUUCAACUCAAGAGGCCACCUGGAAGCCUUGAUUCCAGUUGCUGCACAGAACAUGAUGUUGGAACUGACACUGCUGCUUCAACUACAUACUACAUGACUUUUGGCCUUUUUUUCAACAAUUUGCAUGGAAUGGGGUUCUCGAAAAACCACAUUUAUAUUUAGGAUCCAUUGUAUCUCAUCACUAAACAGAAGCACUUGCCCCUCCAUUGUAUCAUAACAAACUUUUAGCAUUUGGUAAAAUAUAUAUAAGAUACGAAUUCAUGUCCCAUUGCUCUGAGACAGUUACCAAGCCUCGCUACCAACCAUGGAUUGUAUAUUUUUCAAGUACUUUGUUCAAUAAUACCCUUGAGGACUUGUGCCAUGUUAAGAUGAUA